UGGUGCCUCAAGUAGCAAGUCCAUCUCCACUUGCCCGCAGAUUUCCGGCGAUUUCUCGCCAUGGACCGCUCCGAUCUCCUCCCGGCGGGCCUCGCCGCUCUCGCCGUUAUCCUCGCUCUCUACUUCCGCUUCCGCACGAGGCUGCCCCCCGGGCCCUGGCCGUGGCCCGUCGUUGGUAACCUCUACGAAAUCAAGCCCGUUCGCUUCCGGUGCUUCGCCGAGUGGGCCCAGAAGUACGGCCCCAUCAUGUCCGUCUGGUUCGGCACCUCCCUCACCGUCGUCGUGUCCAGCUCCGAUCUCGCUCGCGAGGUGCUCAAGGACAAGGACCAGCAGCUAGCCGAUCGCCCCCGCACCCGCUCGGCCGCCAGAUUCAGCCGCAACGGGGCCGACCUCAUCUGGGCCGACUACGGACCCCACUACGUCAAGGUCCGUAAGGUCUGCAACCUCGAGCUCUUCUCCCCCAAACGCCUCGAAGCCCUCCGCCCCAUUCGCGAGGACGAGGUCACCGCCAUGGUCGAAUCCAUCUUCCGAGUCUGUACGCAACCAGAAAAGCUUGGCCUGAGCUUUGUACUCAAGGACCAUCUGCAAGCUGUGGCGUUCAACAAUAUUACACGUCUUGCUUUUGGGAAGCGAUUUGUGAAACCAGAUGGUACUAUCGAUGAGCAAGGAAUCGAGUUCAAGACAAUUGUUUCCAAUGGCCACAAAUUUGGUGCCUCCCUCUCACUUGCUGAAUUUGUGUCAUGGUUGAGGUGGAUGUUCCCACUUGAUGAAGAGGCCUAUGAGAAGCACAAUGCUCGAAGGGAUAAGUUGACUAAAACAAUCAUGGAAGAGCACACUCAAGCACGCUACAAAAGUGGAGCUAAGGAUCACUUUGUGGAUGCGCUUCUUACACUGAAAGACCAAUAUGAUCUUAGUGAGGACACAAUUAUUGGACUUCUUUGGGACAUGAUUACAGCUGGAAUGGACACAACUGUUAUAUCAGUUGAAUGGGCCAUGUCGGAGAUUGUGAGGAACCCAAGAAUUCAAGAUAAAAUCCAGGACGAAUUGGAUAGUGUCAUUGGACAAGAGCGCAUCAUAAAUGAAACUGACUUUGCUAAUCUCCCUUAUUUGCAGUGUGCUGUAAAAGAAUCGUUAAGACUCCAUCCUCCAACUCCCCUCAUGCUUCCCCACAAAGCCAGUGCAAAUGUCAAGAUUGGUGGCUAUGAUAUUCCCAAGGGCUCCAAUGUGCUUGUCAAUGUUUGGGCAAUUGCACGCGAUCCAACUGUUUGGAGAAACCCUCUAGAGUACCGACCUGAGCGGUUCCUUGAGGAGGACAUUGACAUUAAGGGUCAUGACCUUCGAGUGCUACCAUUUGGAGCUGGUCGUAGAGUUUGCCCUGGGGCACAGCUGGGCAUCAAUUUGGUUUCUUCAAUGUUGGCACAUCUCUUACACCACUUCAAGUGGACACUUCCCGAUGGUGUUAAAUCAGAGGAUGUUGAUAUGAGAGAGACUCCUGGGAUGGUCACCUUCAUGCAUACUCCAUUGCAAGUUGUUGCACAUCCUAGGUUGCCAACCCAUUUAUACGCCCGCGUCCCAGCUGAAAUUUAAACCACUAUUACUUUUGCAGCUUCUUCCCUUGCAAAGCUUCUAUUACUUUGACUAUGUUGUGUUUGGAUCACAAACAAUUGCCGUGAACAGAAACAAAGAAUUAAGACCCUACAUGUUUCAGUGUAGUUGUACUUUGGUUGAUUGUGAAAACUUCAGGCGAAGUAGUUUGUUUGCGAGCUAACAAUUGGUGACCUGCCAAAUGUUUUAAGCAUGUAUUCAUUCCUUGCUGCAAUGAAUAUUCAACUUUGAUUGAA